CAAAACUAUGGCAAAUAAGAGGAGCCAAACUUGGUCGCCCGUCUGGUAUCCCCGCGGGGUCCCGUGGCGACUGACUGAGCGCUUAGCCCAUGGCGCUCUACGAGCUCUUCUCUCACCCUGUCGAGCGCGGCUACCGCGCCGGGCUCUGCUCCAAAGCCGCGCUCUUCCUGCUGCUGGCCGCCCUGCUCACCUACAUCCCGCCGCUGCUGGUGGCCUUCCGGAGCCACGGGUUCUGGCUGAAGCGGAGCAGCUACGAGGAGCAGCCGACCGUGCGCUUCCAGCACCAGGCGCUGCUCGUGGCCCUGCUGGGACCCGAGCGUGGCGGGGUCCUCGCCUGGAGCACGUUCCCCGCCUUCAACCGGCUGCAGGGGGAUCGCCUGCGCGUCCCGUUCGUGUCGACUAGAGAAGAAGACAGGAACCAGGACGGGAAAAUGGACAUGCUGCACUUUAAACUGGAGCUUCCCCUGCAGUCCUCGGAGCAUGUUCUUGGCGUGCAGCUCCUCCUGACCUUCUCCUACCAAUUACACAGGAUGUCGACGUUUGUGAUGCAGAGCAUGGCGCUUCUCCAGUGCUCCUUCCCUGUCCCCGGGUCCCAGGUGUCUGUGAACGGAGACCUGAGGCUGCAGCAGAGGCAGCCGCUCAGCUAUGGUGGCCUAGACGUCCGCUACAAUGUAUCCGUGAUCAAUGGAACCAGCCCUUUUGCCUUCGACUAUGACCUCACCCGCAUUAUUGCUGCCUACAAGGAAAGGAACGUUACCACCACUCUGAAUGACCCCAACCCCAUCUGGCUGGUGGGCAGGGCCGCUGAAGCUCCCUUUGUGAUUAAUGCUGUCAUCCGAUACCCUGUGGAAGUUAUUUCUUAUCAACCAGGAUUCUGGGAAAUGAUAAAGUUUGCCUGGGUCCAGUAUGUCAGUAUCCUCCUCGUCUUCCUCUGGGUGUUUGAAAGAAUCAAGAUAUUUGUGUUUCAAAAUCAGGUGGUGACCACAAUCCCUGCAACAGCAAUGCCUUGUGGACAAGGGUAUAAGGAGCACGUAUCCUAAGAAGAGCAUUCUGGAGACUUAGCCCCCGACCAAGGCUACCUCGCCGUGGUCUUCUGAGAACUGCCAUCUUGCUGGAUGUCUGCAGGAGCCCAGUGGACACCUGUGCGCUUCAGUGUUUUUCCCUUAGAAACAAACCAAUUCUUUCCAGUUUUGCUCAACACAAAUCCGGUAUCUUCUAAGCACCUCCAAAGCUAUCGGGAAUUAAUUUAUAAAAAACCCUGAGAGUUCUGGGAUGUGUUGUUUAUUUUUUUUUUUUUUUGCCUUAGCCUUGAAUUUCAAGAGAACAUUAUAAUUGUUCAGAUGUCUUAGAACGAGUCCCAUCUCUGAUCCAACAGAGACUUUUUCCCCCUUGAACUGAGAAGCACACUGUGCAUUUCUUCACCCUGCUGUGAACCACGGUUUGCUCUUUUCAGGGCUCUGUGACAAAUAGUAAAUCACUAGCACUUGCCACUCCUGGGCAUCUCCAUGUCCCUCUCAGAGCUUUGAUUUCCAGAGCUGAGGCCUUUCACUGCAGAGGUGGAAGGGGAGGCACAAGGGCCACUUGGCUCCUGUGUGAGGGUGAGCGCCUGAAGGACACGGGGACCAUCCACCUGCCCUGGCUCUAAACGACAGUCCUCUGUCAUCAGCUCGGCUGCACAGCCCUUUCUCCCUGCCCCACUGUGGCUGGCUCCUUGCCCUGCCUCUGUGCCCCUGGAAUGGCAGGCUGAAGUCAGAAGGGCUAUUUCAGUGGCAACCUCCUCAGUAGGGCUGGGGGAUGCAAGAUUAUAACAUCAGGUUCUCCCUGACACUCCCCCAGCAGCCUGGACAUUUGCCACUGUUCUGCCAUGACAGCCGUCCCCCUUCCUGUGAAGGACAGGGUGACCAACGGUUGUUGGUAUUGGCUCCCAGUGCCUGACAACCCCCAGUUUAUUUGGAGGGCUGGGGAGAAGGCCAGAGACUUGGAUUUCCCUUGACUAAGCAUCAGGGUGCCCACCAGAGUGGGCAGAUUUGGGAAGGACACAAGAAGCAGUGAGGGAGUAGAGAGGAUGGCAGCCCGGGCAGUCGGGCCCAGCCUGGCCACGAGCUGAAUGACCAGCAGUCCAGCUGGGUAACCCUCGUGGCCAAGCAAGACCGAGUGAUUCUCCCCAUUCUCCUGAGGACAGGUGCAGUCUCCCCAGGGACAGAUGGACCUGCUUUAUGAUCCCAGGCAUGUGGUUGAUUCUGGAAGGACGUAUUCACUGUGGUCUAUGCCUCAUGCCCAUCCACACACACACCUCUCAGUGUGUGCCUCAGUUUACUUGGAGAUCAGUCUUAGUUCCAAAGCACCUUUCCUUUCAGACUGACCAAAAUUAGAGUUUGGGAAUCAAAGCUACUUUGAAGUAUCCAGGUAGAAAAAUUCCCUAACACUGACACCACACAGUUAAACACACAUACACACCACCGUUUUUUCCCCUAGAGCAGUUUAUAUCCUUCAGUUUGUUUCUUAUGAUUACAUUAAAAGUGUUUUUUGGUUUGAAUCCCCAAAAGUAAUGAGAUACAGAAAGGUGAAGAUAGCUAAAGAUAAGUAUAAACAUGGCUUUGCAUUUUGUGAAAGAAUUCUAAAAAUGUGUAUAAAGCACCCAUGAUAUUUUAUAAAUUUCUAAUUAAAAUGUUCAAAAUGGAAGGCUGCAUGUUUACUUUUUAGAAAGGAUUGGAGGAGGGAAGGAUGGGGAGGGAAGAGACUGUGCACAUUUGGCUGAGUUACCAGCAACCUUGGAGUUAGGACUUUCGAGAUUGUCAUAGCUUUUAUGAAAGUCCCCCAGUUCAACCCCAAGUAAAUGAGGUUUCAGUGGAAUCCACAUGCUGUGUGGAAGACAGACUGGAACUUUACAUGUGUACUGGUGAAUAUCAAUUUAUUCACAAAUCAGAUAUUGAUAGCCUCUGACUUGAAUCAAACAGCAUAGUUACCACGUGAGAAAUACACAGGAUUUUAUCAACUGAGCUAAGCAGGGUUUGAGAUAUAGUCGAAACUCUGUAGUUGACCACCUCUCUAAAUUGACCACAUCCUUAAGUGGAUCUAAUUUUCAUAGCCUGGACAUGCACCACAUGUACAUCUAUCAGUACAGUAGGCCUAGUUCCUUAUGUUGACCACCUCUGGAUAUUGCCCAGCUUGUUACAGUCCCUUGUGUGGUCAAGUUACAGAGGUUCUACUUUAAUUUCUAUGGGGGAGGAGAUUCCUAAUUAUGCCAGAUGAUUCUAGUUUCUGCCUAAAUCAUGUCCCACUUAGAUCCCAUAAACCCAUUAUUUUUCUGUUUUAUACAGGUGGGGGUCUCACUCUGACCCAGUCUGGAGUGGGUGGAAGAUCAUAGUAAUAGUUCAUAUUGUGUUUCACUGAUUAAUAAUGAGGUUAAGGAUUUUUCCCUAUUUUUGUUGGCUAUUUGUAUUUUGCAUUUUCUCUUUGAUCAGGUAGCUAUGCAAGUUGUUUUUGUUUAUUUUCUGAUGGAUUUUCAGGACUGCUUUAUGUGUUCUCCAUACCACUCCUUCAUCAGACAUAUGUACUGCAAAUAUUUUCUCCCAGUUUGUGUUCUUUGUAUUUUCUUUAUGAUAAUGCUAUUUGCUGUAAACUCUUGGUAAGCAACGUAAGAAUUACCUCUUCUUUUUCUUUAAAAAUGUACCCUAUAACCAGGGUGGCUCACACCUGUAAUCCUAGCUCUUAGGAAGGCUAAGGUGGGUAGAUUGCUCGAGUGCACAGAGACCAGCACCAGCACGAGCAAGACCCCAUCUCUACUAAAAAUAGAAAAAAU